GAACAGACCCCAGUAUCGCCCGUUGGAUGAGAACACUGUGUGCGGAUUUAGAGCCACUUAGCAGGCCGUGUCGCCAUUGCUUUGUACGGCUGCUGGCUAGCUACCGUCUUCAACUGGCGAAACUGUUGGUGAAUCCGAGCAACACGGAGCGUCAAGAUGAAGAAGAAAGCUCGGCAGCACCGGGUCGCGGUGCCGCAGAGGCCGCCGUCUCCCAUCAAGCCUUCGCCCAACAAGCAGAUCUUGACGUACGCCCAGGCGCAGCGCAUGGUGGAGUUCGACAUCGACGGCCGCGUCCAUCGGAUCAGCAUAUAUGACAAGCUGGACGUGAUCUCAGACGACGACCCCAUGGUGCAGGAGAUGAUGGAGUGCACCAGCAAUAAGGAGAAUGCUGAGAAGCCGCAGCAGCAGGUCCUACUGAGGUCAGUGAGGUUAAAAAACAACCAGGAGAAGAGAAACGCAGCGCUGGGCAUCACUGCUCAUGGAGAAGGAGGCGGACAUCACGCUGGUGUUAAUACCGGACCAAAGCUUCCGGAACCUAAAUUUCGUACGGUGGAAUAUAAUCUUCCGGCAGUUCCUAAGCGUUCAGCUGCUUUUUAUGAAUACACUGAGAAGACAGAGGAAGAGCUGGAUGAGGAAACGGAGUAUGACAUGGACGAAGAAGACUAUUCCUGGCUGGAGUUGGUCAAUGAAAAGCGGAGAAGUGAAGGGGUCAGUCAGGUCUCUCACAACGUCUUUGAGUUCCUCAUCGACCGCUUUGAGAAAGAGCUGUACCUGGAGAGUCUGGAUAAAGGCAGCGAAAAGCAAGCUCCCAUCGACGAGGACGCCGUCUGCUGCAUCUGCAUGGACGGAGAGUGUCACAACAGCAACGCCAUCCUGUUCUGUGACAUGUGCAACGUGGCCGUGCACCAGGAAUGUUACGGUGUGCCCUACAUUCCCGAGGGCCAGUGGCUCUGCAGACACUGCCUCCAGGCAUCCACCCAGCCCGCAGACUGCAUACUCUGUCCUAACAAGGGCGGAGCGGUGAAAAAGACGGACGACGACCGCUGGGGUCACGUGGUGUGCGCCCUCUGGGUCCCCGAGGUCGGCUUCUCCAACACCACCUUCAUCGAACCCAUCGACGGCAUCAGCCACAUUCCUCCAGCCCGCUGGAAGCUCACCUGCUACCUCUGCAAGGAGAGGGGCGUCGGAGCGUGCAUCCAGUGUCACAAAGCCAACUGUUACACUGCCUUCCACGUCAGCUGCGCCCAAAAGGCCGGCCUCUUUAUGAAGAUGGAGCCGAUCAAAGAGGUGACGGACACGGGAGAGCCCACGUUCUCUGUGAAAAAGACGGCGUAUUGCGGAGCUCACACACCCAACGGGUGCGUAAGGCGGCCUCUUACGAUAUACGACGAUGCCAAACCUAAAAAUGGACUAUGUAAGAAGGCGGACAAAGGGAGAAGCGCCAGUAGAGGACAGUCAAAAGGGAAGCAGAAGAAGAAGAGCAAGAGUAAGAAGCCCGAGCCUGAACCUGAAAGCGAAGAUCCGACACCUGCUACUGUGCCUACAUUUCCUGCUCACAGGUUACAAACCAUUCUGAACCAGGUGUCAGUCCAGAAGAAGAAAGCAUUUGUGGAGCUGGUCCUAAAUUACUGGACACUAAAGAGGCAGUCCAGGAAUGGGCUACCCCUCAUCAGACGCCUUCAGACAAGCAUGCAGUCUCAGAAGAAUGCACAGCCGGUUUGUUCAUCUAGGCAGAACGAGGAGGAGAGCAGGGCACUGAAGGACCAGCUGAAAGAAUGGCACCGCCUCCGGCACGACCUGGAGAGAGCUCGGCUGCUGCUGGAGCUAAUCCGCAAGAGGGAGAAGCUCAAGAGGGAAGAGAUCAGACAACAGGAGACGAUCCUCGAGAUGCAGUUGACUCCCUUCAGUAUUUUGCUCAGAGCCCUCUUGGACCAACUCCAGUCAAAAGACCAGGCCAGGAUCUUCACCCAGCCGGUUGAUGUCACGGAGGUGCCCGACUACCUCGACCACAUCAAGCACCCAAUGGACUUCUCCACCAUGCGGCAGCGCAUCGACGGACAGGGCUACAACAAUUUGGAGCAGUUUGAGAAUGACUUCAACCUCAUUGUCGAUAACUGCAUGAAAUAUAACUCAAAGGACACAUAUUUCUACCGGGCAGCGAUCCGCCUCCGAGACCAGGGCGGAGCCCUGCUCAGAAAGGCUCAGCGAGACGUGGAGAAGAUCGGAUUUGACACGGAAAGCGGCAUGCAUCUGGCGGAGGCGCCUGAAAUCAAAGCACCGCCAUCUUUUUCUUGGGAGGACGUGGACCGCCUACUAGUGCCAGCCAAUCGGGAGCAUCUUUCUCAGGAAAAGCAGCUGCAGCAGCUCCUGGAGAAGUUCGACCUGACCUGUGCCAUGAAGUCCAGCCCCUCGCGCAGCAAGCGACUAAAGCUGCUCAAAAAGACCAUCAACGACGUGCGCAACGAAAUGAGCUUAAAGAGAUCCCUACCCUCCCACCACCACCACCACCACCACCACCACCAUCACCACCACCACCACUCUUCUUCCUCCACAACUCCCUCCACGUCAGCAUCAUCUUCAUUGGCUGCCAGCCACUCAGAGCAGAGUAAACCCACUAAGGAAGACAGAUUGAAGCCCAACGGACAUUUUCCAGAUGAUGAAGGGGACAAGUCCCUUCCUCCUAAGCUAGAGCCUUCAGACUCCAUCCCUCCCCUCAUCCACUCAGACACAGACCCGGAGCCCCCCACCCUCAAACCAAUCGACGCCACCCCCGAAUGUGACGAGAAGACCCACAGCAAACGCGUCAAGUUCGACGGCGAAAUACCAGACCUGCUCUCCUCGGUGCCGCGCCUCAACGGCUACUCCCACGACAGCCUCCAGAACUCUCUGCUGGACGGAGACGUGAGCGUGGUGGCCACGUCGACCCUCGCCGAGCCCACGGGCACAGUCAACCGCCGCACUGCUGUGCUCUUCCGCAAGUCGAAGACCGCCAGUCCCCACAAGCCCCUGAAGGUUGGAGACGAGGGUUCGGAAGGAAUCGAAAUAAAAGAGGCCGACGAGGAGGAAGAUGAGGACGGCGCACAGCUCGGCUCCAAAUCCUUCUUAUCGGUGGUCAUACCCAGGCUGGAGACGCUGCUUCACAGCAAGAAGAGGAAGCACAGCGGCGGCAGAGACAGCGAGGAGGACGGAGGAGAGCACGAGGAGGAGGGCGAGUCCCCUGUGAAACGUCUCGACACUGGCCUGUCCAGUGGUUUUCUGGAGGUGGAAGAGGAGAAAGAGAUAGAAGACUCUAGCAGAGCCAGUAGACCUGUGGAGCCACGAAGACGCUGUGCCUCGGAGUCCUCCAUCUCCUCAUGUAGCAGUCUGCCGGGAAGCACCAGCACUAUUCUCAGUCUUCCAAAAUGUGGGAAGGGGAAACCUGCCUUGGUCCGGAGAAACACUGUGGACGAUAAGAGCGAAUUAAUCGCUUGCAUCGAAACCGGGAAUUUUGCAAAAGCUGCACGAAUUGCUGCUGAGGUUGGCAACAGCAAUAUUUGGAUGCCCGCUAGUGCUGCAACAGUUGCAUUGGAACCCCUAAAGCUAGUUUGGGCCAAAUGUAGUGGAUACCCUUCCUACCCUGCCUUGAUCAUCGACCCUCACAUGCCGCGUGUGGGCUGCCAGCACAACGGGGUGUCCAUCCCCAUGCCCCCCAUGGACGUGCUCCGCAUUGGAGAACAGAUGCAGUACAAAGCCGAAGAGAAACUCCACCUCGUCCUCUUCUUCGACACCAAGCGCAGCUGGCAGUGGCUUCCUAGAUCCAAGAUGGUUCCUCUGGGAAUGGACAAGACCAUAGACAAAAUCAAAAUGAUGGAAGGACGCACAUCGAGCAUUCGCAAGGCUGUCCAGAUCGCCUUCAGCCGUGCCAUGAACCACCUGAGCAUAGUGCAGGACGAGCCAGUCAGCGACCUCAGUGACGUGGACUGAUGACAUUCGCUGCCUCUCCCCUCCCCCCCCACACACACACACACACACACACUCAGACACGCAAACUUGUACCUCUCCUGUACCAAAUACCCUUCUGUAGCCCCCACCUCCCCCCUCUCUCUCUCUCUCUCCGUCUCUGCAGGAGACUCAAAUGUUUACUUGGGCACCUGCUGUAACAGGUGGUGUCUCUUCCUCAUCCAUUCCUACUCGCACACACUCCUACCAUGUGCCGAUGGGAAAACGGCUGCUGCUGAAAUGAAUGUGUCUAUCUUAUCCACCUCCAGGCUUGUAACUGUGCUUAGAGACUGCUCUUUUUUUUGUCCACCCCCUAUCCCCAACUCUCCCCUCACUUCACCAAUCAUUUAAAUUCAUCAUUUCAAGACACACACACACACACAAAAACCCUUACAUUUUGGUAGCCUUACCAAAUGCUACUAUGGUGUCAGGACUUUGCAGUAAGACAGAAACCUUUUUACAACUUGGUCCUUUUAUUUUGGCAAAGAGCCAAUCAUUAUUUCUGUUACAAAUUAUUAAUUAUAACUAAUAAUAAUAUCAAAAAUAAGAAAUAAAAGUAGCUGGUCAAUAGACAUGUUUCAAAGCAGCCAUUUAAAUUUGAAAUAGGUCAACACAGAUGUUACUAAUGAUACUAAUUAAGGUUCCAACCUUAAUUAGCAUCAUUGGUAACACCUGUGUUUACUAUUUCAUGUCACAAUGGCUGCUGUAAAAAAGGUCCGUUAGCUAAAGUGGGCAAAAACAUACAUUUCCUGUUGUAGCCAAAGCCUAAGUUUAUAUCAAGGUCACAUUUACAUACUGGUCAUCUCCAUUUACAAAUCCCUUCCUUUGUAUUUAAACUGUAAAUAAUGUGUACAGUUGCCUGACACUAACUUAUUUUGUAGUUUUGACAUAAAUUAGUACUGUACAGGAGUUUUCUUAGUAUUUAUACUUGAUGCAUUCUCAGCACCAUGGAGUGAGUGCUAUUUUGACAGUGCUGUAAGAUUAAGAAGAAUAAAAAAUGAAAGUGCAAAAGCCUUAGUGUUAAGGAGAUUAGGGCUAAAAUAUCAUGUUUCUGAUGAGUAUGAAAGUAUUCCCUUUUUCACUUUUUAAGUUAUUGAAGUUUAUAAUCGUAAGCUUCCAUUUGGCAUUAAUCCUUUUUGUAUUAAAAAUAGUUUUGGUAUAUUUUUGUUCAUAUAUAUUUAUAUGAUUUGAAUACACAGUUAAUAGAGUAUGUAAGUCUCUGAAGCUCAUACAGACAGUCGUGGACACGGAACUUGUAUCGUUCUCAAGAAACCAAAAAUGUUGCUACCCAGAAGUUUUUUCGCUGAUUCAUUUUUCCCGUGUGAUGUGUGAAA